CCGCCUGUCUGUCGUCCACCUUGACGCAGUGACGUAAAUGCGGAAGUCAGAAGUGAGCAGAAACAAAGCGCAGAGUCGGAGUUGAACUUCGCAGCUGGAACUUUGUUUUUAGUGACCCUGAAGAAACCUGAAGCAUCAUCAUGACCUCUACAGUCUACUCCUCCACCACGGAGUCGAACCCUAAAUCCUCGUGGUGCCUGGUUCCGUCAGAAUACCUGGAUAAACCUCGCUUUGUGAUCAAAGUCUGCCAAGUGCUGCUGUCGUUCCUGGCCUUCAUCCUGGAGGAGGUGGUGAACAGCUGUGUAAGCUGCACGGCUCUGUACUUCUUUGAGUUUGUGAGCUGCACAGCCUUCCUCUUCACCCUGAUGCUCCUCAUCCUCCUCUCCUCCCCGCUGUACUCCAGAGUGGGCGUGGCCUCCUGGCCGCUCCUGGACUUCCUGUACACUGCAGGCAUCGCUCUGUUGUUCUUGAUCGCCUCCAGCGUCUUCGCGUCAGAUAACGGGAAGACGUCUGUGGAAAGCUGCGCUGUGGCGUUUGGCUUCCUGGCGACGUUGGCGUUCCUGUUGGACCUGGCCUUGUUUUAUAAGUCUAAUGGCUUCCCGAUUAAGAGCAAGGAUGGAGCGCCGCCCAGUAACGGCGUCUCGGCUCAAGACGGUCCAGCUGAGAAGGAAAAACUGAACGCGGUGGCGAACGGGACGGAAGAAGUCUAGUUCUCCCGUUCAUGUGCGGCGUGCGGGGGGGUCAGAGAAUAUUUCACGCACUGUUCCUUUAAUAUGCCAACAGGAGGCGGAGCUUCUGUGAUCGAUGGCGUCUCUUUAAACCGAGUCUCUGACGUUUUAUCCACUGCUUCCUGUUUCUACAUAAACACGUGUGUGUGUGUGUGUGUGUGUGUGUGUGUGUGUGUGUGUGUGUGUGUGUGUGCAUGUGUGUGUGUGUGAGUGUGUGAAUGUGUGUGUGUGAUUCUUUAAAUGAAGUGAUGCCCUUUUUAAACAGCAGGGGGCGCUCUCCUCGCUGUGAGUCGGCUCACACUGGCGGCGUCUCCUUAGCGUGUUCAUGGUUUUGUAGAAACAGGAAGUAGGUGAGAAACAGCAGGAAGUCUUUUCAAAAUAAAAUCUGAGUGAAGCCGAGACGCUGGUAUCACAGCAGCUCCUGACCUUUGACCUCCUGCUCUGAUUAAAGGGGCGUGUCUGUGAGGAGCCUCAAAGCCGCCCCGUGUUUUAUACUCUGAGUUUACAGACUGACCUCAGUCUGCUCUUCAAUCUGUGUUUGAUCUUUUUAUGAAGACGUUUCAGACUCUGUGAUCCACUAUUAGAGGACCAAAGCAGCUCUUGAGAGUUCCUGUUCAUCAGGAUGUUUGAUCUGAAUCAAGGAAUCUCCACAAAGUGCUUUAAUGUUUAUAACCAUGAUCUCUUUUAUACUCUCUGACUCUCAGAGUCGCUCUGUGUCACUGCCUCUCUAAACUCUGUAAUAAAUCCUUUUUAAGAAAC